AGUGUGUGGGGCAGAUUUACGCACACACUCCAAUUUACACAAAGCUACAGCAGCAAGAGAAAAGAGAGAGAGAGAGAAACCGGAAAGGAGAAAAAAAGAGGAGAGAGGGAGAGCGUGCGCAUGAUGGUUGGAUGGUUAUAAGGCACGUAAACCUCCUCAAAGACGCUCAGAGCUCAAGUUGCAUCUCGCACGUGCGAAUCUGAAUGAACGUGAGGCCGGCAGAGCGAGACAGAGCGGCAAAUUAAAGUGAAUGAAGCAGGAAUCACGCGGAUUUGUGAAUGAAACACCAGAGAGGAAACAUCACUCCAGCUGCUGGACAGGUCUCGAUUCACACAAAAAUGACCUGAGAAGCUUCAGUUCUGCAUUUUUGUUUUCAUUUUCAUUCUUUUUAAAUGGGGACUGGACUUUAGACUGGCCGCGUGUCACCUGCUUUUAAAGACUUUUGUUGCAUUUUCUUCCUUUGUGUCCAGGAGAUUUGUUGAGCGCACAUUUCUAGAGUACUCCUCUGUCGGUUUUUGUGUGCUCGUCCACAGAGGUGUCGAAGUGAAGAAAGUGGGACAUGUCAAAGAUAACACCGCGCUAUAGUGUCCUAGAACUGCUCUGCUUUGCGCAGUGUGGAGACACGGGCGCUUAAAGGACGCUUCGCCCCGGUGCCAUUGCGCGCAGCAAAGCGCACAGCUCCCCGUGCUUACAGCUGCAUCAAGGCGGAAAGAAAAGAGGGCUAAAGCUUCCCCAAAAACCCGGAAUCACAAGAACCACAAGUGGAAGACGAGACGUAUUUAAUGUGUCUCCCUUUCUUUCUGUGCUAAAAGCCAGAUGUGUAGGCUAGUACACAAGUAACAUAAGGAGGAUUUACAAAGUUUUUAAAGUUCAUAUUAGGGUUCAUUGGGAUGCGGAGUCGCUGAAGCUCUGAGCUCGCUGUAUUAUUGUGAAAGUGUCUCACAGUUUGUCACACUGUAUCAGCUGUUUCCUGGUCAUGUGUCACAUCUCUGGUGCGGGUCCGGUCGCAAACCCUCUCCAUCUUCCUCUCCUCCCAGCUGCUCGUUUACUGUGAAGUUGCUGUGGCAGCAUUGGACUCUAAAAAGCUCUGAAGUGUGGUCAAAACCACAAGAUAUAAAGUAAAAAAAAAAACAUGUAUGUCACUCAGCAUUAACAAUGACGUCAGUACAUGGACAGAGUUCCCAUCAGCGCCCAAACUCUGACUGACACUUUCCGGUCAGCUGUGCGUUAUUAUGUUGAAUGGACCCUCCUUCCGCAGCCACGACCCGAUGCGACUCGUCGACCCGAGGCACCUCCCGCAACUGAUGUCCCUGGAGGACCAUGAGCCCACCAUGGUGGAGGGGACGCUGGGGCCCCGCAACUCGUCGCCGACAGGGGAAGAGGGGGCCCCAGGUCAGCACCACCAGUCCUUCCCCUGGGUGGUAACCCUGCUGGCCGGCGUGCUGAUCACGACCAUCGUGGUGGAUGUUAUCGGGAACAUGCUGGUCAUCGUGUCCGUGUUCAGAAACAGGAAACUCAGGAAAGCAGGAAAUGCCUUCGUGGUGAGUCUUGCUCUGGCUGACUUGGUAGUCGCCCUCUAUCCCUACCCGCUGGUGUUGACCGCCAUAUUCCACGAUGGCUGGAUUGCCGGCUACAUCCACUGUCAGAUCAGCGGCUUCCUUAUGGGCCUCAGCGUCAUCGGCUCCAUCUUCAACAUCACGGGCAUAGCCAUCAACCGCUACUGCUACAUCUGCCACAGCCUUAAAUACGACAAACUCUUCUCCAACAGCAACACGAUGUGUUACGUUGUGCUCGUCUGGGCGCUCACCAUCAUCGCCAUCGUGCCCAACUGGUUCGUGGAGUCGCUGCAGUACGACCCGCGGGUGUACUCCUGCACCUUCGCCCAGUCAGUGAGUUCGCUCUACACCAUCACGGUAGUGGUGGUGCACUUCAUUCUGCCAAUCAGCAUCGUGACCUACUGCUACCUGCGCAUCUGGAUCCUGGUCAUCCAGGUGAGGCGGAGGGUGAAGCCUGACUCACGGCCAAAGAUCAAACCACACGACCUCCGCAACUUCCUCACCAUGUUUGUGGUGUUUGUGCUUUUCGCCGUCUGCUGGGCGCCACUGAACCUGAUUGGCCUGGCAGUGGCACUGGACUCGAGGCUGAGCCGGGCGAUACCUGAGUGGCUCUUCACAGCUAGCUACUUCAUGGCGUACUUCAACAGCUGCCUCAACGCCGUCGUCUAUGGCGUCCUGAACCACAACUUCAGGAAGGAGUACAAGAGGAUCGUCCUGAUCAUCUUCAAGUUUCACUGCUGAGACGAUUUGCUAACGGGGAGGCUUGGGGACAGGUCAUUUUAACUUUUGAGAAAAGAAAAGGCUGCUAUGAAGGGAUGAAAGAAGAGGAUUCUGACCUUAACAGGAGAGAAAGACAAAAGGGGAAGGAAAAUAUUUGAGGAAGAAGACACACCUCUUUGUAUGCAAGAGGGAAAUGGAAGAACUCAAAUAGCUGGAGGAAAGGAGGGUGGAUAAGAUGUGAAAUAAAUGAUGCCACACUGAGAGCUAUCAGUGAUGCCUUCAGGGAACUAGAGAGACUUCAGAAGAACAGCGAGGGAAUCUCCUAACUUAGUAACGUGUUUUAUCAUAACUUCCUUGGGUACUUUUCCAAUUUUUGUCAAAAUAAAAGAAUUUAAUUUAUUAUUAUUUAUUGUCUUAAAUAUCCUGUUGGAUUAUUUUAAUGUUGUAAGAAUCUUUUCAAACUAUGAUCAAGUUGACGGUCAUCUUGGUGAGGACCUGUGAGUUUACAGUCAUUACUUUGGUAUUUUAAACUUGACAUUCUUCGGGACAACAAGCCAAACUCUCGCAUGGACACAGAAAGAAGAAGACCAAACAAUGGAUGGAGGGGCAACACAGGUAUCAAAAGGGUUGUUGAACGAAUGUUAACCCCAAUUUCUAGCAAAGACAAAACUGAAAUUUGACAAAAUCUACCAGGAACUAAAGAUAGAGAGGGGCUCUGGUCCUUUUAAGUUC